UAAACCGAAACAAACUUUAACUAACUAUUCCCGCUUCAACACACUUCUUCUUCAUUCUUCCAUUCCCAUUUCUUGUUUCUUCUUCUUCUUGAAGCAACCACCACAUAAUGCAUCCCGUAACCCUCUUCACUCUCUUCUCCACCUUCAUCCUCACCGCCUCCGGUGCCGGUAACAUCCACCUCGACUUCCCUUACUUCACCACCGCAGACACCGCCACCAACCUCACCUUCCUCGGCGAUUCAUCUCUAACCACCAACGGCGUCGUUUCCUUAACUCAGCCCACCACUUUCUCCACCGGUGCUAUCAUCUACAAACACCCCAUUUCUCUCUUUGACAUUUCAACAAACACCACGUCUUCAUUCUCAACAACGUUCUCUUUCUCUAUUACAAAUUCAAAUCCCACUUCCUUUGGUGAUGGCAUUGCUUUCUUCCUUUCCCCCAACAAUCUCUCAUCAACAUCGUCACCAAGCCCAUUUGGUCUUCCUACAAAUUUUAUUGCUGUUGAAUUCGAUACGCGAUUCAACCCACAUUUCAAUGACCCAAAUGAAAAUCAUAUAGGUUUUGAUAUUGAUACAUUGAACUCUCUUAAAAUUGUUGAUCCAAUUUUCAAUGGGAUUGAUCUCAAGAGUGGUAACACUAUCACUUCUUGGAUUGAUUACAAGACUGAUCAGAAUUUGCUUUCUGUUUUCUUGAGUUAUUCUACUAAGAAGCCACAUGAUCCUAUUCUUUCAGCUACCGUUGAUCUUUCGGAGUAUUUUUGUGAUAAUGAAGCUGUUUAUGUUGGUUUUUCAGCUUCUGCUGAAAAAAGUACUGAGCUUCAUCAAAUUGAAAGAUGGAGUUUUUACACUGUUGGGUUUGAGCCUGCAAGACCUAGGUUGCGUAGUCACAAUGUUUCCGAUAAUUCUGUUGGUGUAAGUACCGGGAAUGAGGUAAAAGUUCGUGGGUCGCGUUCUACUUUUUCUUCGAAGAAUUCUUUUUCUUCGUCUUCGAAGAAAAAGUUUGGUUUUGGUUUUGCUGUUGCAGGUCCUGUUUUUUUCUGUGUUGUUUUUACUUUGUUGGGGUAUUAUUCUUUUAUGAAAUGGAAAGGUGUGAGAAAAGGGGUGUCGAAGAAUUUUCAAACUGGGUUUGUUGCUUGUCCUAGGGAGUUUAGUUACAGAGAAUUGAAAUCGGCUACAAGAGAGUUUCAUCCGAGCAGGAUUGUUGGUCACGGUUCAUUUGGAACUGUGUAUAAAGCGUUCUUUAUAUCGUCUGGAACCAUUGCUGCAGUGAAAAGAUCGAGGCAUUCACAUGAAGGAAAGACCGAGUUUCUCUCUGAAUUGAACAUCAUUGCUGGUUUAAGGCACAAGAAUUUGGCUCAGUUGUUGGGUUGGUCUGUUGAGAAAGGUGAGUUGCUUCUUUUUUAUGAUUUCAUGCCUAAUGGAAGCUUAGACAAGAUGCUUUACAAAGAACCUGAGAGAGGGAAAUUGUUGACUUGGUCUAUUAGGUAUAAUAUUGUUGUUGGUUUGGCUUCUGUAUUGGUUUAUCUUCAUCAGGAAUGUGAGCAAAGAGUGGUUCAUAGAGAUAUUAAAACUGGGAAUGUUUUGCUGGAUGGGAAUUUCAAUGCUAGGUUAGGUGAUUUUGGAUUGGCUAAACUCAUGGAUCAUGAUAAGAGUCCUGUUUCAACUUUAACUGCUGGAACAAUGGGAUACCUUGCACCUGAAUAUCUUCAAUAUGGUAAAGCUACUGAUAAGACUGAUGUUUUCAGCUUUGGUGUGGUUGUGCUUGAAGUGGCUUGUGGGAAAAGGCCUAUUGAAAGAGAGGGUCCAAAGAUGAUUAAUUUGGUGGAUUGGGUUUGGGGGUUGUAUUCUGAAGGGAAGAUAAUUGAGGCUGUUGAUAAGAGGUUGAAUGGUGAAUUCGAGGAAGAGGAAAUGACGAAGCUUUUGUUGUUAGGGUUGAGCUGUGCUAAUCCUGAUAGUGCUGCAAGGCCUACAAUGAGAAGGGUUUUGCAGAUUCUCAACAAUGAAGCUAUGCAAUUUGCUGUGCCAAAAGUAAAGCCAACCUUAACUUUCUCAUCUGAUUUACCAUUGAGUAUUCAUGAGAUUGUUUCUGAUGAUGAUCUUGAUUAUGAAGAGUUCAAUACUAGCCAGUCUAUGUGUGAGAUUAAAAUUCACUGAAAAGUUUUUGAACUUGUUCAUUUCAUUCUUUUAUUCCUUUUUGUUUCCCCUUGGGGGGUUGAUUUUGUUACUUGUAAAGUUUCUGUUCUCUAGUCUGAGUAAUCACUCAGAAAAGUAGUCAUAGUUCAUUGACAGUAGUAGUUUAGUGCAAAUCUAUUGCAUUUCAUGGUAUAUGGUCAGGCUAGGUUGUAUUUCAGGUACAGAUAUUGUAGUUUUGGUAUAUACAGAAAUUGACUAUUUUUUGGUCAUAUGAUCUCUUUCUCAAGUUUCAUUCCAGUAACAAUCAGCUUACUGUUUU